CUUUUUCUAAAGUAGUACAAAGAAAAAAGCAGCACACAGAAAAUAGUGAGAUUGUGUACUGUAAUUCUGCAUGUACCUUGGACGAUCCGAACCUUCUAUUCUCUCUCUUCUUCAAACAUUAUCUACCCUCUCAACUCUCAAGGAAGGCAUUGGAAACAGUGGUGGAGCUAUUGAAGAGGAAAAAAAAUGGCUUGUGCAAAUUUGGCAUUGCAUUUUCGAAUUCUCAUCAUGUCAGUGAUGAUUUUUGCAGCUACUUUCUGUGUUGGAGACACUGACGCCCUUGAUGUUGCAGCAAUCAAUAGCUUAUAUGUAGCACUAGGAUCACCUCCCCUUCAAGGGUGGAAACCUACAGGAGGAGAUCCAUGUGUGGAACAGUGGCAAGGUGUCAGCUGUGUCUUCUCCAAUAUAACUGCUUUACAACUUGGAAGCAUGAAUUUGAGUGGACAGCUUGGAAGUAAUUUGGAUUUUCGAUCCAUCAUAGAAAUGGAUAUUAGCAACAACAGCAUUGGAGGGACCAUUCCAUCCACUCUGCCAUCUACUCUGAAGAGAUUGUCUCUUUCGGAGAAUAAGUUAAAUGGAAGCAUUCCAGAUGCCUUAUCCAUAUUAACUCAACUAACAGAAUUGUCAUUAAACAAUAACCAUCUAACUGGACAAAUCCCAGAUGUGUUUCUACAAUUCACCAGUUUGACAAAUAUGAAUCUGUCAGGGAACAACUUGAGUGGUCACCUACCUCCCUCGAUUGCGAAUUUAUCAUCUCUUACUACAUUACACUUGCAGGACAAUCAACUUGGUGGAACCCUUUUUGUUUUGGAGGACCUCCCUCUUCAGAAUCUGAAUAUAGAGAACAAUCUAUUCUCUGGGCCGAUUCCUCCAAAGUUGUUGACUAUUCCUGAAUUCAGAAAAGAUGGGAAUCCCUUUAAUACUACUAUUAUUCCCUCACCUCCAGCUGCAGCUCCUUCACCUGAAGCCAUGGUUCCUUCUCCUUCCCCUACUCCUUCCACUGAAAAGUCACCUGGUAAAGCGGCAAAAAGUCCCUCAACGACCAUGAAAGCUCCAACACCUUUGAUCACUAGGAGUUCCUUUGAAGUUAAGAACAUGGUUUGGUGGAUUGCUGGUUUUGGGAUCUUAAUAUUUAUUGCGUUAGGAAUUUGCCUUUUUAUGUGCUGGUACUGUAAGAGAAAACCAAGGAGCAAGAAUCAUGAGGAACAUAAAGACAUGGAUGUUUAUAUUGAUGAAGAGAAAGGACAGGGCUCAAAACUUCCACCGCUGCAGCAAGCACCGCCACAUCCUCUCCCAAUAAUUUCUGGAGAGAAUUUCAUCAGUCCAGCUAAAUCCACCAAAGUAAUUGAAGGUGGAAAACAAAUUAUAACUAGUUCCAUCAGGGUUUAUUCUGUUGCAUUGCUUCAGCAGUAUACAGAUAGUUUUUCACAAGAAAAUUAUAUAGGAGAAGGCACACUUGGCCCUGUUUAUAAGGGUGAGCUCCCUGAUGGAAAGUUGCUGGCUGUGAGGAAGCUGAAUGCUUCCAUGGUGCAAAAUCAUGAGCAGUUUCUUCAAUUAGUAUUCAGUAUCUCCAAAAUUCAACAUCCUAACAUUGUAAAACUUUUAGGCUACUGCGCGGAGCAUAGCCAACGACUACUUGUGUAUGAGUAUUGCAGCAAUGGAACCCUUCAUGAUGCAUUGCAUACUGAUGAUAACACUCGUGUUAAACUUUCAUGGAACGAAAGAAUCCAGGUGUCACUCGGAGCUGCUAGAGCUUUACAGUAUCUGCAUGAGAACUUCCAGCCACCUGUUGUGCAGCGAAAUUUUCGAUCUUCUAACAUUCACCUGAAUGACAAGAUGGAAGUGUGUGUCUCUGACUGUGGAUUAGGUUCUUUGCUAUCUUCAGAGCAGGUCGUGACGGCUCAGGGCUAUGAUGCUCCAGAGUUUGAAUCAGGGAGUUAUACAGAAAAGAGUGAUGUAUUCAGUUUUGGAGUUGUGAUGCUAGAACUCCUAACCGGGCGAAAAGCCUUUGACAGGUGGCGGCCUCGGGGAGAGCAAUCUGUGGUGAGAUGGGCAGUGCCUCAGCUGCAUGACAUUGAUGCAUUGUCUGAAAUGGUAGAUCCCUCCUUGAAUGGAAGCUACCCUCCUCCUCCUAUGAAAUCCUUGUCACGUUUUGCUGAUGUUAUUUCUUCAUGUUUACAGCAUGAACCUGAAUUCCGACCAGCAAUGUCUGAAAUCGUUCAGGAUCUCUUGCGAAUCACGUCAAGUCUUGGAUGAACAUCAACUCCCUUAACUAUCAAAAUUUAUUAAUUCUUUCUAUUAUUCUUUUUUUCUCAUAUUAUUCAAUUGAUUCAAUUCAGUGUGUGUGUGUGU